UGUUCUGAAAAUGUGUCUGGGAGGAUUACUACCAAUGGCUCAAAAGGUCUUUACUCAACCAACCUUACCACUGAGCAUAAUAACAUGGAUAAUGCAAAGAAUUAUACCUCAGAUAACCUUCCACCGUUGGUUUUUUGUUUUGUAAACACUGUUAGUUCACUUGAGUAUGAUUUAGCAGUGCCAGGAGCACCUUCAAGCCAUCAUGUGACAGAAUCUUCUGAGAGGGUGGCGAAUUCAGAAAGCAAUAGGAAAUGUAACAAAGGAACAGUUAGGGAUUCAAGGACUGAAGAGCCGUCACAUUUAGAAUCUAUUACCGUUAUGAAUUAUGCACUGGGAAAAUCUCCAGUACCUAACGAUUCUGACAAUCUUAAUUUGUCCCACUUGGACCCAGCUCUGUCCAGAGGAAAUUCAGGUGUGGAGUGGAUGACGAUCUCUAGUAACCCAAAGACUUCAGAAAUGCAGAAAGAAAGAGAUAAAAAUAAGGAUGGGUUGAAUUAUGGAAAAAAAGAUGGCUUUACAGCUUGCUUGCCCCAAGACACUGAGGCUAUUUUUAGAUGUGCUGGUGAAAAAUCAAGUGGAGUUGAAUGUUUAAAUUUUGCGAGUUCUGGUCUUGAAGCUAUGCAUAAAGACUUUUUGUCUACAUCUCCUAUUGAUGGGCACCCAAAUGUUCCAGAAGUUUUGGGUAAUUAUAUUAAUGAUACCACAAAUUUUCCUGUUGUGCAUUCAGCUAUGAAUGUGAAUAGCACUCCAUUGCGGGUGGAUACAAAUGCUAUAAAAUUAACUCCAAGUAAUUCUGGAGGUGGAAAGGGUAUAAGUAGUUUGAGAAAUCUGAAAAGCAAUCAGAAAGAGCACUCUGGGGUUAAUUGUUCUGAUAAGCAUAAAAGCAAAGAGUUGAUGUCUGAGUACUCUGAACUUUCAGAAGGAGAAAAUUUGAAGAGGUGUUCAUCACAGGGAACCAAUCACUCUGGAAGGAAAACAGAUACACUUGAGGCAAUUCGAAGCCAAUCUUUAAGCAGAAUGAUUAGAAAUUUGCUUGAAAAUUCAAAAGGCAAAGUGAAGGAAAGAAAAACAGUUGUCAAUGGGUUGAAAGCUAGAAGAAAUGAGAUGAAUUCAGUCUCAGUGAUCUCAGACCGGAAGAGCAACACUGUUCAAAAUGAUAUUUCAGAACGCAUGAAUGUAUUCAAUCUGACUGAUGAUGGGCAUGAAGAACCAACUUAUGAUACUUUGGUAAAAGAUAACUCAAAGAAAAGACAAGACCGUAGAAAAAUAUCCCAAACUGGGACACCAAGGAAGAACUUGAAUAACUUCACCCAGCGCCCCAGUGGGCCAGGUGAGGGAAAUUGUCAAAAUGACUUACAAACUGCAGUUGGUGAGAAGGAAAGAAGGGCUAAACAACUUGGCUCAUCUGGGAAGAAAGCCACCCAGCGCCCCAGUGGGUCAGGUGAGGGAAAUUGUCAAAGUGACUUUCAAACUGCAGUUGUUGAGAAAGAAAGAAGUGCUAAACAACUUGGCUCAUUUGGGAAGAAAGCUCAGAGGAAAAUUAAUUUUGAUGCACAUGCAAGUCCUCUUACUCAGGAAAGAAAAGAGAAAAUAUCUAUUAUUUCACCAGAAUCUUUGAGUCUCAAACGAUCCAGAUCAGGAAGACUACUUCUACCUUCCCUACAUUUUUGGCGCAAUCAAGUUGCAGUUUAUGAUGCGGAUCGUAAAAUCACUGGAAUUCAAGAAGCUGUAGAUGAUGUCAAACCAUACAAAGGGAGUAAAUCUGAGCCUCGGGUCAAACGGAGGCAGUGAACAAACGGAGUCUCAAUGGGAGCUUUCACCAGACUUUUAAAACUACAGAAAGCUGAAUAUAGGGCUUACUUUAGAUGGGCAACGACAACAUAAACAAACACCUGCUUUGAUGUAUAGUAUUUUUGAAAUUUGGAUUUUUGUUUGAAGUUGUAAUUAUUAAAGCAGAUUAGGAAAUACAGUUGUUAGUUUAAUCUUUCACCUAGUUUACUAUUAGAGUGUUUUCGGUUUAGAGAAUGUUGUAUUAGU